GCUCCCUGCCUUGAUGAAAAGGUCGUGUAAAGGCUUUGUAAUCACGAGGAUCCUGGGAACGACAAUUUAUUUAGAAUACAUGCGGCCAUAUUUCUAGAUCAUCAGAACAUGUCACGACCCACCAGCGUUGACUCAAAAGUUUACGUAGGAGACAUCUCUAGAGAUGCAUCUGAGAAGGAGCUUGAGAGAGCCUUCAGUUACUAUGGACCAUUGAGGAAUGUUUGGGUAGCUAGGAACCCUGCUGGCUUUGCCUUUAUUGAGUUUGAAGACCCCAGGGAUGCAGAUGAUGCAGUGCGAGGGAUGGACGGCACGAAUAUCUGUGGAAGUCGGGUUCGUGUAGAACAUUCUACUGGGAAAGUACGUCCAAAACCUUGGCUUCGAGCAUCUAGAGGUCCACCACGGAGCCGCCGCCCAUUCCACCCCGAAGACAAAUGCUACGAAUGUGGGGACCGAGGCCAUUAUGCCUAUGACUGUCCCAAGGUGAACGGUAGCAGACGGCCGAGUUCCUCCAGACGAUCAUCCAGGCGAUCAAGGUCAAGGUCACGGUCGAGAUCAAGGAGUCCAAGGGGUAAGCGGAGUAGGAGUUACACGAGGAGCCCAUCACGCAGCCGUUCACCAAAGUACAAGAAGCGCAGCAUGACUAGAAGCAGAACAAGGAGCCCAAUCCGAAGGUCCAGGACCCCCCAUAGAUCAAGAAGUCGUUCCCAUGAUUGAUCCGGAGACUGACCAGAACUUACAAAGCUGCCAAUUUACACAGAAAAUAUGUACUGGUGUAAUUUACAUGGACUCGGCUUUCCACAGGAUACCAGUACCGGUUCUCGUGUAGAGUUACAUAGCUUAUCAGGCAGUUCUCCAGAUGUCAUACUACUGUCCUCAUUUUAACUAUGGCAAUUCAUUUUCACAUUUGUUCCCAUCAUUUCUUACUAUAAAUAUCAAAAACAGUUGGGUUUUUUCUUGAGUUUUAGAUGCUGUAUGUUGCAUUGUUUAGUUUCCUUAUCUUAUGAAUAAUAUUGUCUUAAUACAA